AUGAUUGGGCGAAUUGGACUGAGUAGAGUGUUGACACGUGGUUUGUCAAGUGGGGAGGCAGCGAAACUCACAAUUCAACCGGCUAUCGAGCGAUCUCCCACUGAUCUCCUGAACGCGUUGUCUGAAACAGUCGGCCCCGACACCACUGCACCUCAUUUCGCCUAUAUCGAUGACCCAAUCACGAUUCCAUCCACACAAAGCGCCAAGAAAACGUAUUUUAUGGCAAAAGAAUUUGGAAAACGGGCGGCACGAGAACUCGCCACCGAAUGGCCGACGCUCUUCGCUUUCGAUCGAGAUCAGCCGCGUCUCCCAGCAUUUCGUCCACAACACCUCGCCGACCCACUUCAAGUAGACCCCACCGAGAAAAGUCUUCAAAAAAUGAUAAAAUCUCGAGAAGUCCAAGAUUCCUGCGUUCUCUACGAACGUUUGAGGUCGGAAAACGUAGAAGUGAGCGAGAAAGUUCAGUUGGAGCUGUUUCGCCUGGUCGCUUAUUACAAUUCAUCGAAUAUUCCGUUUUCUGAGUGGCAAGAGUGGGCGGGAAUUCGAAAUUUUGGGGAAGAAUCGAAUGCGAAAUGGAAGACGGGCGGUGUGGCGGAUUUGUUAUUCGAAACUCUGCAGAAAACCGAUGAAACUGUGUCGAUUAUGAUUGCGGCGCUCUGUAAAUUUCAUGAUUCUCAGAGUGUUGAAAGGGCGAAAGAGCUAUAUAAAGAGCACCAGAAGGGAAAAAUUCAUCUGGAAGCGUUCAAUGGGCUCAUUGGAGCAUCUAGUUUCAAUGCAGCGAAAAAGUUGGCGGCUGAAAUGAAUUGUCUGAAAAUUUCCCCCAAUAUCUCCACUUUUAACGCUCUCCUCUUCUCUGCCGCCAAAAUUCCCAAAUAUGAGGAGAAAAUCAAGGCAUUUAGCGAGAUUAUCGCUGAAAUUCGAGAGUUAGACAUGGAGCCGGCCCUGUCUUGUUAUUAUAUCAUUGUCAAGAAUCUGAUCGACUCGAAAUUGUUGGAUAAAGAGAAACGGGCGGAGAACGAGGAGCAGAGCUAUAAUAAGCAGUUGACACUGGCGGUUUCCUGGAUUUCAGAAAUUUUGAAUGAGAUUGAAGGCAAGUGA